AUGCUGUUAUUAUACGUUGUUGUGUUUGUUUUAUCUACUUUUGAUGUCAAAGCAUUGGAAUAUCCGGUAGUGCAAGUGGACCAAGGUGCUUUACAAGGAGUGGAGGACCAAACAACAUUGGGGAAGAAGAUUUACAAGUUUGUUGGAGUGCCUUAUGCCAAACCACCUGUGGGCAAGAACAGGUUCGAGGAGCCCAAGCCAGCUGAGAAAUGGCAAGGUAUUUACCCAGCCACUCAACACAGUUCUGUUUGUUUGCAGCAUAUGUUGAACUAUGACAGCCCAGAUUUGAUAACGGGAGAAGAAGACUGCCUGUAUUUGAACAUUUACACCCCGGCACUAUCCAACUCGUCAAAUCUUCCAGUUGUGGUUUAUUUCCACGGGGGAGCGUUUAUGUUCGGAACUGGGCACAUUUUCACUCCUCAUUUUAUCCUGGACAGAUUCGACUUUGUGUACGUAUCAGUCAACUAUCGACUCGGCCCUUUUGGGUUUUUGAGCACCGAAGAUGAAAUUGUACCUGGGAAUAAUGGACUCAAAGAUCAAGUGUUGGCUUUGAAAUGGCUGAAUCAAAAUAUUGCUGCGUUCGGAGGUAACAAAGACGAUGUUACUCUCUCAGGGUUGUCUGCUGGCGGAGCCAGUGUGCAUCUGCAUUACCUCUCCCCUCAGACUGCAGGAUUGUUCCAGAGAGGAAUCUCCAUGAGCGGAUGUGCCUUGAAUCCUUGGGUGUUGGCUGAAAAGUCGGCAGAGAAGGCAAAACAACUUGCGUCUUCUGUUGGGUGUCCAAUUGACACUUCUGAACAAAUGAUCAAUUGUUUGAAGAGAAAACCUGGACGGAAUAUACUUGAACAGUUAAAGUCCUUGUUCUGGCCUUGGGAAACACUCCCUUUCUCUCCUUUUGGAGUUGUAGUAGAGACUUCUGGGAAGAAUCCAUACUUGUCCGAACACCCUUUGAAACUUAUCUCAGAAGGAAAGGUGGCAGAUCUUCCUUGGCUGACCAGUGUUACAAAGGAUGAAGGCCUUUAUCCUGCUGCUAUGUUUAUCGAUCGGGAAGAACUUCUCAGUGAAUUAAAUGAUAACUGGAACCAGAUAGUACCCCACAUCUUGGACUAUAACUUCACUAUUCCAUCGGAUGAUAUGAACAGUGUAAGUGAGAAAAUUAGACAGUUUUAUUUUAAAGGGGAUCAUGUUUCGAUUCAAAAUCGAAACAAACUUAUCACCCUGAUAGGUGAUAGGUUGUUUAAGGUAGAUAUGGAAAGAGCAUCACGGUUACAAGCAAAAGAAAAUCAGUCACCUGUGUACUUUUAUGAAUUCGCAUAUCAGGGUAAAUACAGUUUCUCCAUGUAUUUCACCAAGUUUAAUGAAACCUAUGGAGUAAGCCAUUGUGAUGAUUUGCUAUACAUUCUUAAUUUUCCAAUGUUGACACCUUUGGAGGUGCUGGAAGAUAAGGAGGUAAUGCUGAAAAUGACAGAAAUCUGGGCCACCUUUAUUCAAUCCGGAAAACCUUCUGUAGGAAAAGAUGUUGUAUGGGAACCAGUUUUAGGAAAUUCUGAGAACUUCAAAUAUUUGUUGAUUAACUCUAGUAAGGACAUAAGAAGACAGUCUGCUUCAGAGUUCGGCAACAGAGGAUUUUGGGAUAUGAUAAAAUUUGAUGAACUUGAACAUUCAGCUGAAAUAAUGAGGUUGAAGGUUAAUUGUAGUGUAAGUAAUUAUUUAUAAGUACAAUAUUAUACAUCUUCACUUCAUAAACAUGACUACCCACAAUGCAGAGCAUAUUUUAAGGGAUUUCCACUGGGCAACAGCGGUGCCCGACUAAGCAAUGUCUAAUCAACCAAAAUAUGUGCCUAUUUGAAGUAAAAGUAAGAACUUAGCAUUCAAUUUUUAAUUACUCCUAAACACCCCCUGAACAAG